CUAGUUUCUUGCUUGCAAAUCUAAUCAAGUGAUUAUGACCCGAUUUGAUCCACAUAACUUUAUCUAAUCCAGAAAUUGAUAGUAAUUAUUUAUUAUUACCGGUUUUGAAUCCAAUGGAGGACACUCAGAACAUUCAUAUUUGUAAAUUGACCUCGCAUACUUCCAAACCAUUCCUUACGGACAAUAUAACAUAUCAAAGGACGAUACACCUGAUCGAUCUUUAUUGCGUAAGACUUCCGUGUUCGAUCGAUGCAUAUAUUAAUUGAGCAAAUUGCAUCUUCAAUUCCGUUCUGCUGCAUUUCCGAGCGAUGUGGUUAUCAUAACACUACUUCUGCCCUCGUGGCAGUGCAGUUCGUUCCGAAACGGCGUACAGAAAGGAUCGGAACGGAUCGGCUUUGUGCAGUAAAGGUGUACAAAAGGUUUUGUUUUUCUUUAUGGAAGUAAAGCCCAGUACCCUUUUCCGGUUGAUUAACGGCUACAGUCUCGGUACGAUUCCAUUUCUAAUCGGUGCAAUGAACAAUCGUGACAAAGAGCAGCCUAUCGAUCUUCCCGUUGUGUAUCGUCACAACGCAGCAAUACCGAAUGGAGCUGGUGAACAUUACAGGAACAACAUUGCUCGUGCGAAUCAAUUGUUUGGAAGAAGCAAAAGCGAUCUUGAUCUAGCGAGUGGCAAAUUUGAGCUCAAUCCGGAUGGAGCUGAUUCCUCCACGGGCUCCAAUACGGAUGCAUCGUCUUCUUUAAUCGUUCGUUCUACACGAAACUCGACGACAGCAGUUCCACCCACUCCACCACCACUUCCACCGAAACCGAUAACCGUUACCGGUAUCUACGACACGGAUAGUGGCCGUCGCCAGUCUUCUAUUACUCCUUCAUACGAUAUUUCGAAAAGUAUCGCCGAAAGUGCAAUGGACAUUUCGCUCCUAACGGCCAACGCCAAUCAGUUGCGAUUGCUCAUUACCUACAACCAAGGUUCGAAAACGUAUGUCGCGUGUAUCACAUUUGUUAUCAUGUCGUUAGUACUACAAAUGAUGGUCGCCAUUACAAUGAUCGUCGUAUCGCUCACCAAACCACAACGAGAUGAUCCGAAGCGGCAUCGGGUGAAGAUCGUAACGUCGAUCGGUGUAGCGAUAAUAACGAUGAUAAACAUCCUUGUUGCAUCGCUGGUUGUUGCCGAACAACCACCCAAUGCAAUCAUUGCUUCUUCCGGUAGCGUGGUCGGUCUACUUACCAAUGUUAAUAUAACAGACACAGCGCUUGGCGGCACGUAGAACACAGCACGGAAAAAACGGCAUGUCCUUGACACUGCAACCAAAAGACAAAAGCUAUGAAACUGCUAUUUGUAUUAAUGUAGAAUAUAUUUGAACAUUAUUCUUUAAAUAAAAUAGUAUCCAGUACCUAAACUUCAA